UUAAAAUGCUCUUCUCUCUCCCACUCCUUGAACCAAGGGAUCUCUAAACGUCUAGCAUCAGGGAGGCAGAUUUGGCCGCGGCUCUGGAGCAUAUGGACCAUGGAAUUCGGAGUCCCUCCUUGCAGUUUUCUCACCGGUAUCGCUAUGCCCGAGAAAAAAUGCCAUAUUAUGCCUAUCACUGUAAGCCGAUAGGUCCACCGUUGCCACUGUUCGUUAAAAAAAGGCUACCAAGAUAUGGAUCCCAAUAUUUUCCACUCUACGGGUCAAGGUAUGUGUCCUCCAGGAGCAUCCCGUUCCAUCGCCGUGGAAUUUGGAUGACACCGUACUCGCUGGCCAGUGUAGCUGGGUAUCAGCCAUGGAUCAUCCCCAGAGUCUCUGAAGCAUGUUCUAGCAAGUCCCCCAAACUAAGAACCACCAGGAAUCCGGUGAGGCCAUAUGUAGACAGCUAUCAGUAUCCUUUGCAGACUACAGUUCCAUAUGACGGCAUGACGAAAGGGCCUCAUGGCCCCAUUAACAAGGGUUCGUUGCCGUGUGUGAUUCCUGAACGCGUGCUUCGGGUGACGAAAGGUCCAGUGCUUUACUCCUCCAAAGAUCUGCACCCGAGCUCAGCCCAGAUCCCAUUACGACGCGCCUGCAAAGGACCAGUGUUCUACGCAUCUCAGGAUCCCUUGCUUUGCUCAAGCAAGGAAGAGCUACCCCGGGUGAGCAAAGGACCCGAUCAAUAUCCAUUGAAGGGUGCACAGAGAAGCAGAGCCGCAGAUUCCUAUCUCCCCAUGACCGAGGACCCUCCACAGUCUGGAGCAAAGGUGACCCAGCCACGGGCCACAAAAGGUCCACGGCUAAUUGCAACCAAGGUCCCACGCUUCAGCGCCCUGACGGUUUCACGUUCUUUCCUGAAGCGGGGUGUCCACUCCUUUCUAACGAAAACCUCCCAAACUAAUUUGUGCAAGGGCUCCCGGUCAUCUCUAUCCAAAACGUCCUGGCUUUCCUUGGGCAAGGGAUCUCAGCCCAGCCUUGUCCGUACGGCCACCACCCCAGCCCCCAAAACACUGUCCAAAAAUGUGAAAAUUUCAAGCACGGGGAAGAAAUAUUGCUCGACGACCAAAUGGCCGUUUUGAAAGCAAGAGAGAGACCUUGCAGAAGGGCGUGUCCGCAAACCAAAGAAUGAGAAG